CUUGCUAUUGAAGUAUUGCUAUUCAAAUCUUUUUAAUUAGUGUAUGCUUUAAUUACUGUUGUUAAUUUUGUUAUGUUAUUCAUAGAAACAUAGAAUGUGACGUCCGAUAAGAACCAUUUAAGUUUUAGCCAAUCUACUCUGCCCAAUUUUCUAAAUUCUUUCAUUAGUUUCUUAUAACUAGGAUAGCCGUAUGCCUAUCCCACGCAUGCUUAAACUUCCUAACUUUGUUAACCUCUACCACUUCAGCUAGAAAUCUAUUCCAUGCAUCCACUACCUUCUCUGUAAAGUAAUAGUAACCUAGUCUUGGGUCUACAUACUAAUGGUAGUAGCUUUAUCUUGGUUUGGGAUACAUUGUAGUUCAGUAACUCUUCAAAUGAAAGGUGUUUUUUUUUUUUUUUGAGGGUGUGGGGAUUUGUGGACCUAGAAUCCCAUUUAUCCGACAGCUUGCAUGAGUCUAAUUGUCUUGAUAAAGUCGUAAAACGAAAGGUGUUGGUGGCUGUCAAGAUUGAUAUUUUUGGGGGAGGCACUUCACAUCUAGUAUGGUGGCACUAGUUUAUUUGUUGAAAUUUUAAUAGCCCUGAUUGGUGAAUAAAAUGUAUGUAUUUCAUAUUUUUGGCUGUUCCUGUUUACCAUGGUUUAUCAGCUCACCAAAAACUAAAAUUAUACAAUUUCCCUAGCAUUGAAAUGAUUCUAUUUAUCAUGACUAUAUCUACUUUCAGGUUUGAUUUGGCAAACUGUAAUGUGAACGAUGAGUUUGUUAACAAGAUGAAUCCUCACCAAGUCCCUGAUGUGGUAGGUGUUUUGUGUGUCCAUUCUAAUUUCAGGAAAGAUGGCUUGACACAUCUGACUUUCAGAGUUGCAAAACAUGGAGUUUGAGGCCAUUGAAACAAACUGUUUCUAAGGAAACUAACCUUCUGGAUUCCUCAAAAUCCUUUUUCAAGCUGUUUGCUCGAACAGUCAAACCAGGUCUUCAAACAUUCCAGCUGUUUUUAGCAUGCCCACUGGAGUAAACAUUGUAAAUCCACGUGAAUAGCGACCGUAUCCCAGUGAGAAUCGCAAAAAAUAAUCGGUACUCAAACACCUUAGCGAGUAUCCCUUUAUCCUCACAAAAAUCCAUGCACUGUGAAUUUUUGAGGGUGCAAGAGCACAUAGAAGGAUUUUUUUUUUAGUUUGUACAUGUAGUUUGUGUUCUGAGCAGAAUAACUGAACUUGUCGAAUAAAUCCAUGAUUAUAUUUUGCAAUCUAUAAUUCUGACAAACUUUCACACACAGUGGAUGCUUUAGAAUGUUCUUAAAUAUUUGGGGAUAUCUGGAACAUUUCUAAACCUAGAAAUGAACAGUAACAAUGAAAGCUGCAAUUCUACAAGUUUUCUUCACUUGGCGGUUUUCUGACACUUUUAUUAAUCUUAAUCUUUGACCAUUGAAUCCUUCUCUUAUGAAUCCAUUCAGUCUUUUGUUCAUACAUCUCUCCUUCCCAUUUUGGCUAUAUUUAUACAAAAUGCCCUUGAAGCUCUUUAGUUGCAAAUCUUUUGAUAUUUAGAGACUUAAAGGCAAGCAAGGAUUUUGUUUAAUAGAUGUUUUGAUGUUUCUUGUACAGAUACUAAUCAAAAAGAGUUAUGAUCGUUCUAAACGACAGCGUCGGAGGAACUGGAAGUUGAAAGAACUAGAAAGGGACCGUGAAGGAAUGGAUACAGAUGAUGAAAGGUCACUCAUUUUUAAUAAACAUUACCAUUAUAACUUGUUCCUUAUGGUCCAUGUGCUCUGUAAUUACAACAGUCGAUGUCUGUUAAAGGACUGUUCGGGCCCUUGUGAAUGAAUAAGUAUAAUCUUCGAGCCUUUUAAACACCAGCUGUUUCUUCUCAUUCUCCCAAGUAUUGGUGUUGAGCAAUAAGCAAUAUCUAAUUAUUGAAUUACAAGUAAUGCAUGCACACUAUUUCUUUAAUUAUAUAAGCCACACUGAAAUUAAAGAAUUGUAGCUGAAACAAUCAUUUUUAUUACCCCCGAAAACAGUUUGACAAAAUUGUCUCAAUAGUACAGAAAUGGGACAAGUAAAUGAAAUACUUAAUGUUUCUUUUCUGUUUGUUUUCAGGCAAUAUCAAGAUUUCCUUGAGGACCUUGAGGAAGAUGAACUUAUAAGAAAGAAUGUUAACAUUUACAAAAGUAAGAACUAUAAUGGAGACCAACUAUGCUAUUAUACGUUAAGUGUACUUACAAGUUUAGUUGAUCAAAAAGUAGAGGAAAAACCAACUAUCUGUUGUGCCAAAAGAAUUGGGAUGUAUAAUCUUUUUUUAAAGUUUAUUUUUUUAAAUCUAUAUUAAAUUCUGG